AUGCAAUCAGCUAAUUGUGCAGCACUUACAUGGAACGAAAUAUUAAAGGCUUCAGAGGCCGACAACGAAAUUCUUGAGGUUUUAGAUAUUCUGAAGGAUGGCAAUCUACAGAACUUGCCUGUAGAGUAUAGGGUAGUUGCCAAUGAGUUGUGCAGCUUCCAAGGAGUGCUGCUACGAAGCGACCGAAUCGUUAUACCUGUUUCAUUGAGGGAAAAAGUACUAACAACAGCUCACGAAGGCCAUCCCGGUAUCGUGAUGAUGAAGGGUCACCUGAGAUCCAACGUGUGGUGGCCCAAAAUGGACCAGGCAGUGGAACGAUUCGUCAAGCGCUGCAGAGGCUGUGCAUUAGUUGCUGCACCAGAACCACCAGAGCCAAUGAAUCGUAGUCGUCUUCCUACAUCCCCUUGGCAAACUCUUGCGCUGGAUUUUUUAGGUCCAUUACCUGAGGGACAACACUUGUUGGGUGUAGUUGACUGCUACAGCCGGUACAUGGAGGUAGUUGAAAUGGAAACAACGACUACGAAAGAUGUUAUGCGGGAGUUAAUGAUCAUGUUUAGUCGGUAUGGCAUUCCAUCCUUCUUGAAGGCCGAUAACGCGCCACAGAUUAGUUCGGAUUGUGAGGAAUUUCGGGAGUUUUGUUCGACUAACGGAAUUAAGCUGCUGAACACCAUACCCUACUGGCCUCAAUCCAACGGAGAGGUAGAAAGGCAAAAUCGGUCGAUUUUAAAACGCCUUCGUAUCUCACAGGAACUCGGGAAGGAUUGGAGAAACGAGCUACGGCUGUAUUUACUAACAUAUCAUUCCUCCAAGCAUCCAACCACAGGAAAAUCUCCAGGAGAGUUGAUGUUUGGACGUCCGAUCAAAAGCAAACUACCGACCAUUUCAAACUUUCCUGAAGACGGAGAAGUGCGCGAGAGAGAUGCUCUCGUCAAAGAAAAGGGGAGAGAGUAUAGUGACAGAAAACGGCAUGCAAAAGAAAGCGAUAUACGACAGGGGGAUGUUGUACUCGCUAAACGGAUGCGCAAAGCGAAUAAAUUGGACACAGAGUUUUCGAACGAAGAGUUCGUAGUUCAGCGUAAAGAGGGGACUGAUACCCUUAUACAGUCAAAGCUCACUGGUAAACAAUACAGGCGUAGUUCGGCGCACUUGAAGAAGAUCGAGGACCAAGAAACCAUACAGGAGACUCACAGCGAUGAACUACGAGAAGUUCCGGAUCUUAUGCCGGCAACGGCUCAACAUGAAUCCGGACCUAUGACGGAAACAGAAAACACACCAUCGGAGACAGCAUCUUCACUAAGACCUUCAACUACACGACGAAGGAAUGCACCGUCAAAGUACCAAGACUAUGUUCCGCAUUGA